UUUUAAUGAAUAGGAUUGGUUAAAGAAUGGUAUAGAAACUAACGAGUUUGAUUUUGGAUUGAGCACACAAGAAUUAAGGGAAUUGUCCCAAGAUACAUAUGUUGAUGGGUUUGAUCUUUCUCAAGUGAAAGUCGAAAACUCAAAACCCUUCAACAUGUCCCCACCGAAGUUAAAUGAUGAGGAAAUAGAUCGAGCCGGAGAAGCCUCAGCAGAUGCGGCAUUGGUGUAUCUUCGUAAAGAGGAUUGGGAAAAAGUUAGCACUUGGUUAAUUAAAUCCAAACCUCUACGGAUUGGACCUUCAUUGUUAGAUGCUGAGAUUGGUACUCGUCUUAUGGAUAGAACCGAGUGGCUUCACAACUCGGAGAUUGACGCCAUGAUGUACGUAUACAGGGAGAGAACAUCUCUGAAACGAUGGAAACUUCACCGUGUCGCCUUCAUGUCUGUUGUCUUCAGCAACAUGAUUAAAAAGGAGUAUGAGAGUUUCAAGGCGGGUAUAAGAAAAUACAAGCUUCAUGAUUUGCUAGUGCAGUACGACAAAGGGGUCCUUCCACCACAUGGACAGACACAAGAGAUAUGGAAUGUAGAUGUGGAUCGACUGUAUGUCCCUGUUCAUGUUAGCGGGAAUCAUUGGAUCGCAUUGUGUAUCAGUUUCGUGACGAGGAGCAUUGAUGUGUUUGAUUGCUCGGGCAGAAAAAGGUACAAGGAAUUGGAUGGGUUCGCAAAUCUUGUUCCUCGUAUUGUCAAGGCAGUUCAGCCACCGAGUUACCAGAAGGACUUUACGUUCGCUGCAUAUACGGUUCACUAUGUCCCCAUGGGUAAGCUGAAUAAAAGUGCAUGUGAUUGUGGUGUCUAUACAAUAAAGUUCAUCGAGUGCCACUCGCUUGGAUUGAAGUUGUCGAUGGUGAAUGAUGGUAACAUCAAAGAAGCUCGCCACAGAAUUUUGUGGGAUCUAUGGGAAGCGGCAAACGACCCGGAAUUGGUUGAGAGGAUGUCAAAUUAUGAACCUCCAGAGUGUCUCACUUCAACCGUAGAAGAGAUUCUGUGAGAAUCGAUUUUUAAAUGUAACUAGUUCGGCUUUUAUCAUAACUUUUAGGAUAAAAAUGCUUAAUCUAAUGUGUGUUUUAUUAGGAACAUGAAUGCUUAAUCCCUCUAAUGAAUUGCUUUUGGGUUUAUUAUUCUAAGUUUUUGACAAUGUGUUUAAUGAGACCCAAAAAAGUCAUGUCGGCGACAACAAUCAACCGUAACGAGACCCUAAACAAUACCCUAAAUGAGACAACGUUCGAAAACAUAACGAUACCCUAAACAUACCCUAAACAGAAACCAGUCAUUCAAUCGAGAGUCUAAAAACACAUAACGAGACCCUAAACAUGCCCUACAUAACGAGAUCCUAAACAUGCCCUACAUAACGAAACCCUAAACAUACCCUAACGAGAAACCAAAACAACAUUAAUCAUGCAUUCUAAUAGCCGUUGUAGAAGAAAUCAACCGAUAAGAGUAUAUAAACGAAUCAAAUCCAAUACACUAAACUUGGUUUCUUGUAAACUCGACUUUUGAUCCAAAUCAGCAAUAAAACCCGACCCGAAUUAGAUCCACAAAUAACCUAAUACCCGACAUAUUUAAACCAAAAACCCGAGUUUUCCCCAUUUUUUCAGAAUUCUCUUCUCUGUCGAGAACAUUUUUCUCUCUGAAUCAAUUUUCCUAAAACAUGAAUACUCCAAGGCGAUAUUCGUACGGGGUGCCAUCUAGGUGCUGGUGUGGGAAGGGGGUUGUGAUUUUCUAUUCGAGAACAGAUGAGAAUCCUUACCGACGGUUCUAUAGAUGCGAAAUUGGGUCACAGGUUCAUGGUUUCGAUUUGUUUAAGGAUUCAAAUACAUAAUAGUUAUCUGUUCAUAUCGAAACUCUGUUUUGUUAAAGGCGUUGGUCAUGGCUUUGAUAUCUUUUGUCUGAAUCGAUUUUUGAUUAAGAGAGACGAACACGCUGUCCUGACUUUAUUUUUCUUCUAUGUAGCGAAAAAAUGAAACCCAUUUAUUUAAGUGGGUUGAUGAAGCUUUGGUUGAUGAGUUUCAAAAGCUAGAUGCAGAGCAAGGGAGAAUAACAGAAGCAAUUGAAGAUCUGAAAACGAGUAUGAAAGAGACAGUUGAAGAAGAAGUAAGGAAGCAAAAAAAUUCCCUUGAAUUAAGUUGUUUAGGAAUCAUUCUACUGUGUUUUGGUAAAGUCAAGAAUGAAUGAAACCAGUCUACUGGUUCUUAGUAUUUUGCUUCAAUCUCUUUUGUUCUUACAAUGACUAUGUCACAUUUUAUGGUUCUUACUAUGGCUUUGUUUUGGUUCAUUUUCGAGGGGUUUUCUCAAAUCGAGUACAAUGAAACUGAGAAAGAAUGAUGAUGGCAAUGUAUAACAAUGAAACUUAGAAGAAUGAUGCCAAUGCUUAACAAUGAAAA